CAGUUGUCAGUCAGCUCAGUCAGGUAUUAAGUGGAAAAGUUGUGGUCACAGUGCUUUCUCUUAUUUCUUGCUGAUUUAUCAACAGAAAAAGGCAGCUACAAACCGUAGAAAAUGUCUCGCUACCGUGAGUGGGAUCUUCAGUGCAAAGUUUACGUGGGGAAUUUGGGUUCAUCUGCGUCCAAGCACGAAAUCGAGAGUGCUUUUGGGAAAUAUGGGCCACUGAGGAAUGUUUGGGUGGCCAGGAAUCCUCCAGGUUUCGCCUUUGUUGAAUUUGAGGACAGACGCGAUGCUGAAGAUGCGGUUCGUGGCUUGGACGGAACACGCUGCUGCGGAACUCGCAUCCGGGUAGAGAUGUCUUCGGGACGCUCUCGACGCGACGAUAGACGCCGUGGACGCAAUAGGAUGCUCUCUUCCAUGAUCCACAACCACCACAAUCAUCACAACAUCCACAAGUACACAUCUACCGUAGCUACAAUUGCCAAACUACUUUCUCGCCUUUUUCUCCCACUCUUCGCCAUCACCUGAAUUCGUCCUCCUGGAUGCGUCAACAAAAAAAAUGAGUGUUGACUGCUUCCUAUAAUUUGGACGAAGAUCAAUUAGUAGUCCAUUUUGGGAUUGGCAUCCUCGUCUCUUCCUCGACGCAAUCGUCGCCACUUUUUCGCGUGUCGUCUCGUCCCGCCGACUCCUGAAAAUGUCAACCGAACAAAAAAAACCAUUCGGCGAUCUCCCAGGGCGCAAAACCAACCAAUCUGAGAGCAUGUGUUGUCUACUGGACCAUCCUUCGCUUCUACUCUCUCUCUCUCUCUCUUCCCUACAGAUGCAUUCCUUCACUUAUCUCUUCCCAAACACAACAAACCUUAUCCAAAUCUCGUCAAAACGUGGCACUUUUCUAGGGGGGCUGGCAUACUUUCAGGGAAAGGAUCCUGGAUCGAUAGGAGCCCUGGAGGAGAUCAAACUUCUGGGUGAUCUUGGGAUUGAAGAUCAGUAAGUUCUAAUAAGUUUGUUUCAGGAUUUGAUGGUAUUUUUGGGUCUUGCAAUGUUUUUGAUGGACGAAAAACGUAAGAACUUCGAAUCUGCUAGGAUAGAACAGCAGAGUUAGAAAACGAAUCGGUAAAGAUCCUAAAAUUCAAAGUUAUAGCGUUCCUUGUUUAGCAGUUGAUGGGAAUGUUGGAGGGCGAAAGCUUGUCCUGACGAAGACUCUUCUAAGCAAAUGGUACCAAUUAUUGUCCAGCUGGAGUGGUAACUGAGGGGUGCUAUAACGGCGGCUAACCUCAAGUUACGAUACCUAGCAACGAAAGUUCCGUAUCGGAACGCUGUUCAACGAACGUGUUCGGAACAGGGUUCGCUUUAAUGUAAAUUCUUACGGUGGAAAAAGCAAUAGUUCUCCUUAGUAGCCACAGAUUUCUGAACAUUUGGGAGGCCGUCACCGUCGCGGUAUUUCGAACAGAAAACUCGUUGCUGGCUAUCGCUUUAGUUACGCUAGGUGGGAGUUUGAACAUUCGACGAGUUAUUCCGAAAGCACAAUCAAAGCCCCCAGGUUCGUGACUCUCUUUGAAUAGGCAAUGGUGCUAAUUUCUUGUAGCAAUCUUGAAAGAGACUGUUUUCAGAGACUUAAUUAUGUUAUUGUUAAAAAUCGGACGAAGCUGCAGAAUAAGGUAUAACUGGUACAACAGAGGAAAGAAAUCCACUACCAACAGUUUACUACGAUCGCUUGAUGACACACAACAGAUUGAUUUGAUUAAUUUUCUAUAAAGGGAAUUCCGCGCUAUCCUUAACAAAAAUUUGAAGAUCGUAGAGUUGCAUGAGUUCAUGGAAAACCGAUGCUCGGGCAGAUCUAAAUGGGAACUGAGUAUAGUAAGGAUGAUUGGGACGAAUCGAUCUCAAAGAGAAACUAUCUUUCAGGAACUGUGGCUCGAGCUAGAUCAAAAUGACUGAUUCGAAAUUGAAAACCGAAUUAUCAGUGCUUUCGAUUUCGAAAGACCGGCGAGCAAAGUAACUUGUAUCAAAUUUCAAAAUGAAGAUCAGUUACUCUUCAAGGGUUUAUUAAAAAUUCGAGCAGUCUUAAACUCUAGUGAUCACUGUUUUCAUAGACUUAAUUAUGUUAUAGUUAAAAUACGAACUAGGCUGCAGAACAAAGUAUAACUGGUAUAACAGGCGAUAGAUAAGCAGUAUCAAAAGUUCACUACGUUCGUUUGAAGACGUGCUUCAGACUGACUGCUAUUAAUUUUCUAUAACGAGAAUUCCGGACUUUCUUCAACAAAAACUGAAACCGAAGGCUGGAAUAGGAACCGGGUGUAGUAGAGACAGUUAGAAUCAUUCAAAGAGAAAUAACAACUCUUUUCGGAUGUUCGGAUAGAAACGAUCAAAACAACUAAUUCGGAAUUAAAGACCGAAUGAUAAGUACUUUUCGAUUUCGAUAAACCAACAGGCAAAGUAACUUGUAUCAAAUUUCAAAAUGAAGAUCAGUCACUCUUUAAGGGGUUAUUAAGAAAUUGAACAGCCUUACACUCUAGUGAUCAGACUGUUUUCAUAGACUUAAUUAUGUUACUGCAAUGGUUACUGUCAAAAUUCGAACAUAGCUAAAGAACAAAAAAGGAUUGUUUUCGAAGAUCACAGUUGGUAAUCAAGAUGAUUUCCAAAUAAUAGAUUAAUUCUGUAAGGACAGAGCGGCUAGUGAGGCCUAAUGAUCGGUUUCACGUAUCGUACUUAAAAUCACCAAGUCUUCAAAAGUUCAUUUCCGAAUUUGGCUAUCGUUCAACAUAAGCAAUUAGACUGCUUUUGGAAGACCGACAUUCGUAGCUUCUUUCAUGACUUGAAAUUAUUUGUAAUGAGAAUACAUUGUUUAUUUAUUAAAAAUUCAAGUCUCAAUCAUAAAGCAAUUACAUGCCCAAACGCAUCAAAUAAUUUAAUGAAGUGCUAAAAUAUGUUAGCGAGCUAUAAAUCGGAAGUAAGCAAAGGUAUAAAAUGCAAAUUUGAAAGUAAAUAAGUGCCACGAAUUGAUAGAGAAGUUCCAGUGCAUGAAAAUGUGAUACUUCCCUGAACCCAUCAUCAUCAUUGCUAUUGAAUGUUGCUUGCACGAGAGGCAGAGAAGGGAAAAAAGGAAGACGGAGUAGCUUCAAAUGAAGUUACUCUCCACAAUAAAAAAAAAAAAAUAAUAAUAAGAAUAAUCUUCCUGAUCGGCGAGCCAAAUCUCCUCAACUUUUUGCUCCUCUUCAAAUAAAAAAAGCCUUCGAGGAGAGUUCAUGUAAAAUAAAAAUUGUUCGUCGUUCAUCGAACAUCGAUCCCUCCUCUGCUCUACCAUCACCAUCAACCACCAACCAACCACCUGCUACUCUACACAUCUCUUCUACAACCGCUCCGACUGCGCCUCUUCCUUCGAGUUAUUAAAAGGGAUGUCUCCUUUUGGCAACCUUUUUUCAUCGCCAUCGAACUCCUCUUCUCACAAAACAAAAAAAAAAUCUCGCAUUUCUUCGGGUUCACCAACCGCAAAUUAAAAAAAAAAACCUCGUGUCCUUCCGUCUUCUGUCCAACCCAACAAACCAACCAACCAAAUUCAGACAUUCAUCUCGUCUCAUCUCAACGUUCUCCGAUACUUCCGCCAACGUAAAAUUAAUACAAAGAGAAAAGUAUUUUUGAAAAAAAUAAAAUUGGCAGUGCAAAAAGUUUCAUUUAGUGAAAAGAAAAAAAAAGAAGAUUUCGUGUUGUUAAAAAGUUCAAUCAGCUUGAUUUUUGUUUUUGUAAAAAAAGAAAAUACCCUGCACUCUCGAUCAACUACUCUUCUACUAUAUUAUAAUACUACCUUCUACUACCAACUACUACAUCGUUAUCAGCCACGGCAUCAUUUAGUGGUUUGUUUGUUGUUUCAUUAUAGUUUCUUUCUUUUCUAUAAAUACUUUUAUCUGUAUCAAAUGUUCCUUAUCUAUAUUUGAUUCCGACAUUUAUCUUUAAAAAAAUAUUAAAUAUGACGAAAUUGGA